AUGGAGAACAAGGAGAAUCUUGAAGCAGCCAGAAAGUGUUUGACAACUAGUUUGGAAACAUCAAGCGCCCUUGCCUCUGCACUAGAUGAAUCUGGGUCGAGAUUGGAGCUACUUAACCAGAGAUAUCUGGCUUUGCAAGCUUCCCUUAGACCCAUCUCAAUGCAAAAGUGCUCAUUUGUCAACAUUGAGCACGGUAUAGACAGUGUUCUAUGUUCUGCUGCUGCACUCCUUAAGGUUCUUGACUCUGUUCAUCGGUUGGAGCAAUCUCUCUUAACAGAUCCCUCUUCUGAUCUACACACAUAUGUCUCAGAUACAAAGAAGCUUGAGGAAGCACUGAAGCUUCUUAGUGACAGUUGCAGGUUGACAGUUGGCUGGAUGAAAGACAUUUAUGAGCUCUUUCAAGACAAAGCAAUAACCAAUGAGCUUUGCUUGUUGAAGGUGAAGAAAUAUCUCAGAAUAUUGCAAGAAUUGCAGGUCAAGGAGGAAGGUGCUCGUCUUGAUGAAGGCCUUCUUAGUACUGCUUUUGACAAACUAGAGCUCGAGUUCCACAGGCUUCUGACAGCAAACUCCGUGCCUCUUCCUUUGGUUUCAUUGGCAUCACCACACACUGGCCAGAAAACCAGUAUUGCCAAACAUAUUUUGCCAUUGACAAGUUCUUUGGCAGGGAAGUUGCAUUCCAUCACACAGAGAUUAAAUGCUAAUGGCAGGCUACACAAGUGCCAAUCCAUAUAUGUUGAAGUUCGAGGCAUGAAUGCUCGGAGAAGUUUGAAGACUUUAGAUUUGAGUUACUUGGAUAUUCCAACAACUGAAAUUGAGGCUGUCCAGUCUAUAGAGAGUUACAUAGACCAAUGGGGCUACCAUUUAGAGUUGUUUGCUAAGCAACUGCUUGAGAUUGAGUGGAGGUUUUCUGCUAUUGUCUUUGAGAAAAUUGGUCCAGAAGCAUGCAUGGGGUGUUUUGCAAAGAUUGCCAUUGAAUCAGGAAUUUUUUCUUUUAUUCGAUUUGGAAAGAUGGUUACUGAGAGGAAAAAUGACCCCUUCAAAUUGUUGAACCUGCUGUCGAUAUUCAGGGUCUUAAAUGAUCUGAGGCUAAAAUUCAACCAACUCUUCAGUGCGAAAGCAUGUAAAGAAAUUAGAACUGUGAUAGAGGAUCUUAUAAAAAAAGUUGUCAAUGGUGCCAAUGAGAUAUUCUGGCAACUUCCAGCACAAGUGAAGUUGCAAAGGCCAACUUCUCCUCCCCCAGAUGGCAGCGUUCCCAGGCUGGUGAGCUUUGUGACGGAUUACUGCAAUCAACUGCUUGGGGAUGCUUAUAGGCCACAUUUGACACAGGUUGUGAGAAUACAUCUUAGUUGGAGAAAGGAAGCCUACGAAGAGGGUAUCGUUUUGUGCCAAAUGUAUAACGCAAUUAAGGAGGUUGCGGUUAAUUUGGAUGCUUGGUCGAAGACCUAUGAAGAUAUCACCCUGUCCUACCUUUUUAUGAUGAAUAAUCACUGUCAUUUCUGCAAUUUGAGGGGUACUGUACUUGGAAAUAUGAUGGGGGAUUCUUGGUUAAGAGCACACGAACAAUAUAGGGACUAUUAUGCAGCACUUUAUUUGAGGAACAGUUGGGGAAAGCUUCUGUCUAUUCUUGUAGUACAAAAGGACAUGCUUUCACCCUCCAGUGCAAGUGUGACAUGCCAAGACUUGGCAAAGAGACUAACUGCUUUUAAUCUAGCUUUUGAGGAAGGAUACAAGAAGCAAUCUGAUUGGGUAAUCUCCGAUGAGAUCCUACGGGAAAAUGUAUGCAAGCAUUUGACCAAAGGUAUUAUACCAAUCUACAGGGCCUAUGUCAAAAACUAUUGUUUGACAACUGAAAAUGAUGCUAAGGUUGACAAACUUAUGAAAUACUCAGCAGAGAGUUUGGAGAACAAGAUUACGUCUCUGUUUCAGACCAAGCAGAGGAAGGGUAGUAGCAUUAAACAGGCAGACUUAAUUAGUAAAAUAAAAUAUCUCAGUCAUCAAUUUCGCUCAACUCUAGCAGCUAUAUGAUUUCUUUUCCUUGUACUUGCCAGAAUGAAUGUUAAUGUACUCUAUGGUAAUGUGUAUGUACAAAGUUCCAAACCGUUUGCAAGUAGACCUUCACUGUUACUUGUAUGUUA